AUGCCAUUUAUCGACAGCCAGCACGUCAUCCAUAAGUACUUCCUGCCCCGAGCCUACACCGCUGCCAUCCUACUGGCCACCGGCCUGCUACUGCUCCUGUUUGUAGGAGUGUUCAUCACCUAUGUGAUGCUGAAGAACCAAGUGACCAAAAAGGCUCAGUGAAGGCCCAGCAGGGAUGAGGCUGCUGGCCCC